AUGCCUAGAAGCAGGGAAUCCAUCGAGGGGGAGAUUUCUGCCGUCAAAUGCGAAAUAAAUACGACAGAAAAGGACAUAAACAAUGUAAAUUGGGAAAUACUGGGGGUGCAGGCGAAAGGACGGGCUGCCACCGCGAUAUGUACUUCCCCAAACUUUAGCGAUGAGCAGACAUGCGUGGCUCGGCAACAACGUUCAGAGUUUCUUCGUCAAGAGGUAGAACUGGAACUCAAGCUAGAGAAACUGAAGAUGGACUUGCUUAUGAAGAACGGAAAGAUUGCAUGUCUUGAGAGAGAAUCAACAUCGGCAAAUUAG